CUUCUGAAAUUCUAUUGAAGGUGCAGGAGCUCCUGCCCCACCUCUAUUCCCAAAUUGCAACACCAGUAGAUCCAGGAUUCCUCAGUCUGCUGCUCUAGACAAUCUGGCUUGCUAUUGCAGAUUCAUUUGCAAUUUCCGGCACCACGAACUCAUUUUCCAGGAAGUUCCCAAAUUGCACCUGUGCGUAACAAAAACAAUUCUUUGAUUUAUGCAAUUCUCCAGCUUUAAAUAGUGGAGCCUCGAAAGAAGGUGCAUCAGCUGCAUUGGAAUCACUUCCACAGAGGAAAAGGUAAGCUUCAUACAGACUUUUCUCUCUUCUGUUAACUGAGGAAGGGUUUUCAAUUUUAGAACAUCCAUAUUUACAUCUAAGGGACACAGGCUUGGGGUGGUGGUACAAUGCUAGAUUUCCAUGGAGAGGAACCAAAUUCAAGAAAUGUAUUUUAAGAGCACUUAUUCUGGUUACCUCUCCAUACAUACUUUAUAAGUCAAUUAAAAAAAUUAUCAACACAGCACCCCCAAAAAGGUGGACAUCACUUUAGCACAGAUACUUUAUACAUAGGCUCAUCUAUUUGUUUAUUUGUAUGGGGGAAGGGGGCAACAUAUGUAGCCCCCCAAAAAGCAGUGUCUUCUUUGUGGUCGUGACACUGUGUUCCCUGGGAUGGGAAUGAGUUGGAGUAAUAUGGCAGUGAGGUCAGGGAAUCUCAUUCACUUGCCCCUAAGCUCCACGAAACCUAUCUGAACUAAAUAAUAAGGAAAUAAUAUGGAUCUUAUGACUGGAACUGUUGACAGUUCAAAACUUGACUGGCAUUGAAAGUCCUGCUAAAACAGGUCCUUCUUAGAGUAUUCGUUGUUAAGUUCACACUACAGCUUAUCUAACUUAUGUAACUACUGGUCUAAUAAAGUAAAAUGAAACUAUAUACAGAGAAUCAUUCUAUCUCGCCCUGCUCUUCAGCCAUCUUGGCCAGAGCAACAGCCUGUACGCCUUAUAAAGAAGCCUGUUGUUAAGGGCAAAACUUUUUCAAGGAACAUUUCAAGUCAGUGUUUAGAAGCCACACUGACAUCAAGAUCGUAUUCUCUAUCUUGAGCUUUUUAGAAAGGUGGGGUGUAGGCGUUUUAAAUAAAAUUGAAGUAACGUGGUAUUGAAGGCACUGUGAAUACCUUUCUAUGGAGCUAUUCAUCCUUUAGACAAAAAUAAGACCAAUAAGAAGGGACUAUAUACAAAGGAGUCCACCAGAAGAAUUAACCUGAUGAUAUUUGUCCCAGAUAUCACAAUCAGCACCAUGACUACCCUUGUGGAUGCAAUCAACAAAUUUGCCUUUGAUUUACACAAGAAGAUUGACGGCACUUCGGGGAACAUCUUCUUCUCCCCCAUGAGCAUUGCAGCCGCUUUGGGCAUGGUCUUUCUUGGAGCCAGAGGAGACACUGCUAAGCAGAUGGAGAAGGUAGGAAACACCCCACCACCACCGCUGUGUGUAUGCCAAGUGUCAUAUUAUGCAAAUGCCUCCUAUUUCAAAGAUCAGAUAAUACAAUGGGUGGUAGUUGACUGAGUCCCAGUCAGAGGAGACCCAUUUAAAGAAGUUAGGGAAAAGAUGGCCACCCGAUUCUCCUGAACCAUGUGGAAUCUUCUCCUGCUAGCCACUCUUCCUCCUUGAUGGCUUUCAUUAGGUUCCUUUGUGAUAAAAAGGAAAUGUGUUAGUUUUGACUCUGAGAAAGAAGAAGAAGAAGAGUUUGGAUUUCAUAUCCCGCUUUAUCACUACCCGAUAAAAAGCGGCUAACAUUCUCCAUUCCCUUCCUCCCCCACAACAAACACUCUGUGAGGUGAGUGGGGCUGAGAGACUUCAGAGAAGUGUGACUAGCCGAAGGCCACCCAGCAGCUGCAUGUGGAGGAGUGGGGAAGCGAACCCGGUUCACCAGAUUACGAGUCCACCGCUCUGAACCACUACACCACACUGGCUUCCCCCCCAAAAAAGAGUCUCCCCCCCAAAAAAAAUCUGAGGUCGGGUGAAGGACCAACUAUUAGUUAUAUGAUACCCAUUGGCAGUUGUGGGAAGUGGUUUUCAGUCCAAGUGCAGCAUUCCCUUGUGGGAAACUUUCUGAGGGGUUGCAUGCCAGUGCUGGGUGUGGCCAGAGACAAAAGUGGGCGGGGUCAGAGGGAAAAGGAGGCAGGGUGAUAGAUGCGACUCUGUCCUCUGUGUUAGGAAAUUUUUGUUCCACCUUAAAAGAGUCAGGCAUGAUUGUUGUGUGUCACAUGCCUGUUUACUUUCUCGCUGGGAACUUCCGUUUUGUAUAUAGCUUUUGUUCCGGCUGUUUUCCUGGACACGGAGGCAAGCGGUCAUGUUUUUCCUUUGUUCUGAUCUACAUUGAAUAAAGCUGUAAAUAUGCUCUCCUGUCUGCAUCCUUUCGUUGUGGAGACUCUGCUGAAAGGGUGUGGAGUGUCUUGGAAUGUCUCUGAGGCUCGUGUUGCUAAUUGACUGAUGCUGUUCCACGGGAUGGUCUGGAGAUGACUUGGAGGCCUGCCUGAUGCCUCCGUCUCCCUGGCAGUAUCCCAACACUCUGUACCGUAGGCGAUAUUCCAGCCCCACAAAAGCCAGAGAUUUCUACACAAACACACACAUUUCUCCAUGAAGCUAAGCAAGAUGUGUUAUCACAGCUCAGGGACACGUGGUUCCCAACCCCUGUCCUAAACUCCAAUAAGCCCCCUGCUCAAAUGAAGUGUUUUCAUUGUACUGGAGGAGGAUGAAAAGAAGAUGGCAAAGUGACUUGGAGUAGAUCUGUGGUUUCUCAUUCCACAUUUUGUGUUGCAGGUCCUUCACUUCAAUGAGGUCACUGGAUCUGGAAGCUCUCCAGGCUCGGCUGAAAAAGUACUGGCAUAUCAUUUCUGUUUCACUAAGGGUUCUUUUUUUGGGGGGGGAAUAAUAUGGAUCUAGGGAUGCGGGUGGAGCUGUGGGUUAAACCACAGAGCCUAGGACUUGCCGAUCAGAAGGUUGGCGGUUCGAAUCCCCGCGACGGGGUGAGCUCCCGUUGCUUGGUCCCUGCUCCUGCCAACCUAGCAGUUCGAAAGCACGUCAAGUGCAAGUAGAUAAAUAUGUACUGCUCCAGUGGGAAGGUAAACGGUGUUUCCAUGCACUGCUCUGGUUCGCCAGAAGUGGCUUUGUCAUGCUGGCCACAUGACCCGGAAGCUGUACGCCGGCUCCCUCUGCCAGUAAAGCAAGAUGAGCACCGCAACCCCAGAGUCGGCCACGACUGGACCUAAUGGUCAGGGGUCCCUUUACCUUUAAUAUGGAUCUAGCUGAUGAUCCUUUCAAAAUGUGAGAUAAUCUGAAAUCAUAAACAGCUACAGCCAUAGCAGCCAACUCCUAGGGGCCGAGUGGGCUUCAGCCCCCCAAUAAAAUAUUUGAGGGGGCACCAAACUUUACAGAGAAAUGGUGUGCAUGCACCACAGCAUGUGACUGAUUAUGUGGGCUGGGACUUACCUUUCUCCCACCCCCACCCCCAAUAUUUUAUUCAAGUUGGCACCCCUGGGUGGAGCUGUGAGGCUCAGCUUUCUUGGAAGUCAAGCUGGUGUAAUGUAGUGACUAAGAAUUCAAGCUGCAAAGGCCUGGUCAAAAUCUCACCUUAGCUAAACCAUGGUUUAGCUCUUAGGUAUGGUUCUUCCCAUCUCCAGGCCCUACCCUCAUCUGCAAUGCAGAGAUUAUAACGCAGUUGAAAAGGCUUCAAUUUGGAUAACUGAAGUCAUAUAUGAAAAGCAGUUGUGGUCAGCUACAUGCUGUUCCUGUUCACCAGAUAGCUACUAUAUACCGAGAGUUAGCGGGGGGAAGGGAAGGAAGCGAGGAGGUGGGUGCUGUGCACCCAAUAGUCUCCCCUCCCCCUCCUACCUUCUGGUCAGCAGGCAGCGAUUCAGGAGACAUCUGAAGGCAGCCCUCUUUAGGGAAGCUUUUAAUGUUUAAUAGACUAUUGUAUUUUAAUAUUCUGUUGGAAGCCGCCCAGAGUGGCUGGGGAAACCCAGCCAGAUGGGCAGGGUAUAAAUAAAUUAUUAUUAUUAUUAUUAUUAUUAUUAUUAUUAUUAGAGCUCAGGGGUAUACUGCCCUGCCCUGCUGACCCCUACUGAAGGAAAGCACUUUGAACAUAAUUCCCCAACAGAAAUAUACACACUUUCAAAGACUGCUCCAUGGCAGUCUUGGAGUUCUGGGAGCAAUUCAGUUUGGUUCAGGAUGCCUUGGAGGGGGGCACGUGCUUCCACUCAGAAGAGCCCCCAAUUUCUCCAUUAUCUGCUCACUUUGACUCCGGAUUUGGGAUUUGUCCAUGUAAUGGUUUGGAGGGUGUUGGGAGCCAUAUUUAUGAGAAUGUCGAUGUACUGUUAAACAGCCUUUGCUAUUUAAAGGAUACACAGUGUGACAGACCGGGAGGACCACACAUCCAAUUCAAAGCACUCUUAGCAGCUAUCAACCAUCAUGACAAAAAUUUCGAACUGAGCAUUGCCAAUAGGCUUUAUGGAGAAGAGAAAUACACAUUUCUACAGGUAAGGAAGAACACUUUCUAUGCUCCUCCCUGUGUAGACACAUUGCUGUUGGAUGAGCAGCACAGACCACAUGAAAUUGAUAGCAAUGAGUCCACUUCCUUUUACUGAUGCCUAUUUAGUAUCUCUUUUCUUGACAGUGGAGGGUGUUUUAAAUGGUACAUGGGAGCAGUUGUAGGGCCUUUGAAGUUUGGUCUUUAGUCAGUCAGUCAGUCAGUUUUAUUGCACAUAGCCAAAGGCUGCCGCAAUGUACACAGAAUCAUUCAACAAUUAAAAGAAAAUAUACUGAAUUGAUACAAAAAACUUAACAUUUAUAUUAUCAGGACAUUAUCUACUCUAAACAGAGCUAUAAAAGUACCUUAAUAUACAAAUUAAGACAUUAAACAAUAAAAUUUAUAAGCUAAAAUUAUCACAUGGCCACUAAUAUAUUAAAAAUGUUAAUUAAUACAAUGUGCAAUUAUAUUCAGAGUUUGAUGAUAAAGAUAGAAUAUAGCUUGAUGUAGAUAGGGUCAAAUAAAUUCAUCUCCUUUACAGUUGGCUACCUUGGCUAUAUAAUUUGCUCUAAUUUUCCUAGCGGCAGUUGCAAAGAGUGCUACACGCCAGCUCACAUACUUAUGUGUGUCUGCGAGGAGAUAUACAAUCGUGUCAGAGGGGUUCUGGCCAGGGGACCUUGAAGUUUGGUCUUUAAUGUUUUACGUUUUAUUUUGUUUUUAAUAUUCUGUUGGGAGCCACUCAGAGUGGCUGGGGCAACCCAGUCCGAUGGACAGCAUUUAAAUAAUAAAAAUGUUUGUUAUUAUUGAUCUAUAAUAGGCUGUGCAUUGUAUUCAGCAAAGCCAGUGCAUGAUUCACACUUGUGCACCAGAAGUGUCUCUCCUCCCUUCUGCACCUCGGAUCUGCUCUGGGAGUUACCCCAAAUUUCUGAAGCAGAUCUGAAGCACUGUGGGGGAAACACAGAGGGGAGAGGAGACACAGGGGAAGUUAUAUUGUACAAAUGAAACUUGUUGAGCCCAUGCUCAACAAGUUUCUCUCCUUGAGAGAAAGGUGGGGCACAAAUAUAUUAAAUCAACAGAUGAGUUCAACUCCAUCUUUGUCUGACAUUCAACAUAAGAGGGGGAAGUGUCAUGAAAGAAAAUGAAGGCUGACAUAAGUCAGGAAGAGCACAGUAGCGUUUAAUGGGGUGGCUCAGAUAGGAGAGCAUUACUCACCUGCCUUCUGAACACUGAGCAACAUUGGUGGUUCCUGAGAGGGAGGGGAAGGCACGGAGAGUUUGGUGUGCAGCAGAAGAAGCAGAAUGGACCUAUGGCUUCACCACAGUGAGCUCCAUGUGUCUCACCUCCAGACUGUCAGUUACCAGAAGAACUGAGCGGCGCUCAGUGUCCAGAAGGCACCUCCUUGAGGAACAUUCUGGAAAAGCAAAGGAACCACCUACUUCUUCUGAAUAGGGAAAUGGCUCCGUAAAUCCCACAGUAUUAAUCGUACCUGGGAAGUUGAACAGCUUAGUUUCCGAAAGUUUUGGCUCCCGGACCUCACAAACCCAGAAGUGUGUGUUCUGGUUUGUGAACUAUUUUUGGAAGCCAAACAUCCGGCGGGGCUUCCAUGGCUUCCGAUUGGCUGCAGGAGCUUCCUGCAGCCAAUCAAAAGCUGUGCUUUGGUUUUCGAACGUUUUGGAAGUCAAACAGACUUCCGGAACAGAUGCCAAGGUAUGACUGUAUUCUAUAUUUCUUUUUAACUAAGCUUUCUGCUUCUCUUCAACAGCAGGCACUAAACAAUUAGUAGUAGGAGAGCAACAUGGGGAAAUUCAUAUGCCAUACCAAACAAUAAAUUCCCAUUUAUUACAUAUAUAUGACAGCCAUAGCUUCUGCUGCCCUGGGCUGAUUUGGAGGAAGGGAUGGCAUACAAAUUCAAUGAAAUUGUUUAAAUAAUAAUAAUUGCAUUAAUUUUUUUUAUUAUUAUUCUUUACAGCAAUUCUUACAUUGUACGAAGGAGAUGUACCAUGCUGAGUUGCAAAAAGUGGACUUUGAGACAAAAACAGAGGAAGCUAGAAAUCAGAUUAACACUUGGGUUGAAAAGCAAACAAAUGGUAAAGGAACAGAAGUUACGUCUCACUUAUUUGGAAAUGGAUCAGCUAAGGAAAGGGAUAUGGGAGAAAUUUGUUCACUUUACAUUUUAAUGUGAACUUACCUAAUUCACACUUCGGAUGCAAACAUGUGGACCAGAAAUGCAUUGAGCACUUGAAAUCCACGCAUCUACAAUUUUUUGAUUGCAGUUUUCCAUUCCAAAAAAUGCAUACGAAAAAGCAUAUAUAUUGAGGAAAGGUGGGCAAAAAAAAAUGCAAGUUAGUGAAAAUGACAUACAAGAAAGUGUUCUAUUGAAGAAAAUUGCUUGCAAAAAAGUGUAUGAGGCAAAAUUCCAUGCAAAAAAAUGCAUACAAAUGUUCAUGUGGUCUUUAUUAAACAAAUAAAUCACAAGCUAAAUGCUAAAAUGGCGGGAAAGUAAUUGAAGAUUGAGAAACUGAAUGGCAUUGAAAGAUUUGAUUCCCAGAAGAACUGAGCAGCCCUCAGAAUUCUAAUAUGUACAAAAGUAAUGAACCUUUUAAUGGUGUGUUGCACAUGGUGGAUAAGCUUCAUGUUUUAGAUGUUACACGGUUGAAAAUUUCAUUGUCAUUUUGACGAUUAAAUAUUUUGCCUUGAAUCUGUCUUUUAAAAAGGUAAAAUCACGGACCUGAUGGCCAGUGGAUCUAUUGACACAACAACUAUCUUGGUCUUAGCGAAUGCUAUAUAUUUUAAAGGAAACUGGAAGUCCCAAUUUGAUAAGAAACUCACCAAGGAAGCACCUUUCUGGAUUAACGAGGUAUAAUAUGCCGAAAGGUUGGUGGAGAUGGGUAUGCCAUUUAUUAUGGACAGCUAUCUGUCCAAGGGGGUGAGCUCCCGUUGUUCGGUCCCAGCUCCUGCCAACCUAGCAGUUCGAAAACAUGUUAGUGCAAGUAGAUAAAUAGGUACCGCUCCGGUGGGAAGGUAAACGGCGUUUCCGUGCACUGCUCUGGUUCACCAGAAGUGGCUUAGUCAUGCUGGCCACAUGACCCGGAAGCUGUACGCUGGCUCCUUUGGCUAAUAAAGCGAGAUCAGCGCCGCAACCUCAGAGUCGUCCGUGACUGGACCUAAUGGUCAGGGGUCCCUUUACCUUUAUCUGUCCAAAAGUAAUAACUGGAGGUCCAUCCAAACUUCCCGCCUGAGAUAAAAUGGGAUUGUGCCUCCCUCUGCCGCUGUCCCCAUGCCCCUUUCACCUCCACCGCUCACCAGAAUGCUCCCCUCUCUUGCCAGACUUGGAAUGCUCCCACUUUUUGCUGAUCUCAGUGAGAGGGAGGAGCAUGUCAAAAGGCAGCAGAGGCAGUGGGGAAGGCAAGAUUCUUCAUCCUUCAUUAAACAACUUAGGACCGCAAUACCUCUUUCCAUAUGAACCUACCCGGACCCUGAGAUCAUCUUCUGUGGCCCUCCUUCGUGUGCCUCCUCCUCGAGAGGUGCAGAGGGUGGCAACAUGAGAACAGGCCUUCUCUGAAGUGGCUCCCAGUCUAUGGAAUGCUCUCCCCAGGGAAGUUCGCCUGGCGCCUUCACUAUACACCUUUAGGCACCAGGAAAAACAUUCCUUUUUAACCAAGCCUUUGGUUGAUCUGAUUGACAUCCUAUGCCCUUUUAAAAUGUGGCUCUUUUUUGGGGGGGGGUAUUAUUGCUUUUAUUUUUAUUUUAUAUACUGUGAUCUUUUUAUGCGAACUGCCCUGAGACCUCUGGGCAUAGGGCAGUAUAAAAUUCAAUAAAUAAUAAUAAUAAUCCUGCCUCAUUGGUGGGCCAGCUCUGACUAUUGCAUUGUACGUUGGGGAUACAGAAUACAUUUGUGUUUUAUACCAGAGUGGUCCGAUGUUCGAAGGUGCUAAACAAAAAAGGUACAACACUGGAAAUCAUUGCAACUAUCCUACUAUACUCAGUACUUCAUAUGGCUUAUAGCCACCUCUUUUACACACACGAGAAAUGACAUUUUAUGCUUAACUACUUGCUUUAUUCACUACAGAAUCAGAGCAAAAAUGUGCCAAUGAUGAAUAAGGAAGGUGAAUUCAAUGUGGCCUAUAUACAAAAUCCAUCACUGCAAAUACUUGAGCUUCCCUAUGAUAAGAAUGAGAUGAGUAUGUUCAUUCUACUGCCAGACAAGAAAGGAGGUGCACACCAGGUAAUUUGCUUUGAUUUCUGAAAAGGAUCAAGGAAUUGAAGUCAACUUUCAAAACUUUGUAGCGGGCAUACAUACAUACAUACAUACAUUGCUUUAAAACAAAACCUGAUCUAUGAGAAUAAAUUGUUCAGCUGAUUAGUCAACUGAAGAAAUCUUGGAGAAAUAUAGAGAUAUAUGAACUGUAGCUUUUGUCCUGUCAGUUGCCAAUUCUGUUUUAUUUUGUAAUUUUAACAGACAUAGAGCAGUGCAAUCCAGUAGGCCUGCAUUGUCAAUGUCUGUUAAUACUAGUGUUAUCUUUGGAUGUGCCCAGGGACACAGGUGGUGCUGUGGUCUAAACCAUCAAGCCUUGCAGAUUAUAAGGUCAGAUGUCCUGUAUACCUGAAGGAGCGUCUCCACCUCCAUGAGAUCCAGCGCCGAGGUCCUUCUGGCGGUUCCCUCAUUGCGAGAAGUGAGGUUACAGGGAACCAGACAGAGGGCCUUCUCAGUAGUGGCACCCACCCUGUGGAACACCCUCUCUUCAGAUGUGAAGGAAAUAAGCAGCUAUCCUAUCUUUAAAAGACAGGCUGAAGGCUGCCCUGUUUAGGGAGGUUUUUAAUAUUUAACGCUGUAUUGUUUUGAACACUUGAUUGGGGGCUGCCCAGAGUGGCUGGGGAGACCCAGCCAGAUGGGCAGAGUAUAAAUAAUAAAUUAUUAUUAUAUUCGAAUCCACAUGACGGGGUGAGCACCCGUUGCUUUGUCUCAGCUCCUGCCAACCUAGGAGUUUGAAAGCAUACCAGUGCUGCAGCGGGAAGGUAAACAGUGUUUCUGUGCACUCUGGUUUCCAUCACAGUGUCCCGUUGCGCCAGAAGCGCUUUAGUCCUGCUGGCCACAUGACCCAGAAAGCAGUCUGGAGACAAACACCGGCUCCCUCGGCCUGAAAGCAGAUACGAGCACUACACCCCAUAGUCGAAUUCAACUGGACUUAACAGUCCAGGGGUCCUUUACCCUUUUACCUUUACCAUCUUUGGAUGCAACAAUGGGACUUAUUAACAACCAUAUUCUUGAUUACUCUGCAACUUCUGUCUGAUAGGCGGGACAGAGGGACACCACACCCUUGGCACAAAGGAGGUUUGGAUUGCUAUGUUUCUUGUGCAAUUUCAUAGAAUCCCAUUGUUCUCCUUGGGGCUUUAUGCCCUGGGAAAUGUGCAUAGGACGACCCAGAAUGUGCCCAUUGUGUCUUUUAAAACAGAAGUUAAAUCAAGGACUCUAAAGCAGAGACAAUCAACAUUACAGUGUGCUAUGUACAUGCUGCUGAACUUAAGGAUUCUCCUCUCCUCAUUAGUUAAAACAUUUCCACCGAUAUUUUUUUAAAGAAACCACCAUUUUCACAGACAAAUUUAAUGGUUUUCCAAAACAUUUUUUGGGGGGAGGGUGUAAACAAUAUUGGAGCUUUUAGACAUAUUCUUUGCCUACGCUUUAAUAAAUAAACAUUUGUCUUUCUCUUUUUCCCACGUCUUUUUCUGGGGGCAGAUAUUUAAUUGGCAUUGAUUAUUAUUUUUACUUGACAGGUUGAAAAGGAACUCACCUAUGCAAAAUUUCAAGAAUGGACCAGUUCGAAAAACAUGCAAAAGCAAAAGGUAGACAUUUAUGUGCCGAAGUUCAAGCUGGAAGAAACUUAUGAGCUCAACAAACUUUUGGUAGCUUUGGGAAUGACAGAUGUGUUCACACGAGGAAAGGCUGAUUUGUCCGGCAUGUCAGGAAGCAAAAACCUGUUUGUGUCCAAGGCCAUUCAUAAAUCUUAUGUCGUGGUCAAUGAAGAAGGCACAGAGGCAGCAGCUGCCACUGGGGUGGGCGUUUCUACCACAAGCAUGCCAGUUCAAAUCAGAGCUGAUCACCCCUUCAUUUUCCUUAUAAGAAACAACAAAACCCAGAGCAUCCUAUUUUUGGGCAGGUAUAAUUCACCUUAACAGGUGCUUAAAUGAUCACAUGCAUGCCCUUUGCAUUUGUUGCAAGCCCAGGGUGUUAGAAGUGACGAAACAAAAAUCAUAUAUUCUACAUUCUGUUUAGCUAAUAUUUCCGGGUUUUCGUCUCCUAAAAAAAGUACGAAUACCUAAGAUGGACCUCUUUCGGCUUAUGUAGGCAGACUCACUUUAAUUUACAACAUGGGGCUUUAAACAGAGGAAAUGGGGAGAGGGAGAUAAGGAGGGAGCAGCCCCGCUUCAAAAAAUAAAAAUAAAACACAUAUCUAAAAACCAAAAGAGAAGAAUCUCAAAGUGUCAAAGAAGGAAAAACGAAACCCAAAGCAACAAUCUAAAUAAAGUGAGCUAUUCAAAAUAUUUGGUUUUGUUGUGUGAUUCCGGGUCCUUAAUGAGUGGUGAGGUGUACAGAAAUCCAAUGCUACCUACA